AUGGAUCAAUAAUCCGACGCAAGUACACAAGAACAGGCUUUAAGUCAGAAGGAAGAAUCCUAAUAAAUAUCACCUCAAACAGUCCUCUCCCAAGAGCCCAUUAAAGAAAUCGAAUAUCCUGAUUUCUAAAUUACAAUAUAGAUUGAGGAUGCGAUUAUCAAAGAUGGGGGAUUUGGCUAAAAAUUCACCGCCUACUUAAUUAAGGGCAUAGAUAAUCAAGGGUCGUUCGAGAUCUACAGAAGAUAUAAUGACUUCUUUGAACUAAGAGAAUUAUUGGUGAAGAAAUGGCCAGGAUGCUAUAUUCCACCAAUUCCAGAAAAAGCACUAGCAAGUGGCAAUGACAAUGAGACAGUCUAAAUCAGAAAAAGACUUAUGGAGGUCUUUUUGAACUCCAUUUCAUAAUUACCGUACAUCUAUUAUUCAGAGGAUUUUUAAUAGUAGUUCUUAAGAUCCAAUUCUCCAGAUAUUGCAAAAGUACAUAUCAAUUUCAUUAUAAAAAGGUUUAUUAGCAAUAGAAGCCAACUACCACAAAUGAAAUUAUUGAUAGAUUAAAGAUAGCCUUCCCAAAGCUUGAUGUAAGAGACUAAUCUAAUAGUGAAUAUAUGUUAGCCAUUACUACCUUUUCAGGUUAAUUGAAAAAAACAUUGGCCAUCCUCAAAACAUAUAUUGAAUAAGCUAAUUUUGUUUCACAAACCAGAAGAAUACUAUAAGAUGAAAAAAGUAUUGAAGUCUUUAAAUAUAGUGAAUUUAUUUAAUGCAACUCUGCCAUUUUAUGAAAAGAUUAUCCUAAAUGAAUAUGUUUAUGGAAAAGAGUAGUAAUUAGUACUCUCCAACCCUUCAAAUUAAGAGGACUAUAAAAGAUUGUUAGAAGAUAUUGUAAACUUAUUAAUUAUGAUCUUGUUAGAAAGAUAACAAUAAAAAAACCAAUAGCAUUAAUUAUUUAGCAGACUUAUUUCGAUAUGAAUUGAAAGACGCUGAGUGUAUGCAACAAACCUUAAUUUACAGAGAUCAAAUCAUAAUCAUCAGAGCAAAACAAGAAUAAAAAAUGAGAGAAGACUAAGCUGAAUUAGCUAAAAUGGCUGCAAAAUAAUAAACUUUAACCACUAUCACUAAUUCAGCAUUCAACAAAUCAAAGGAUGCCUCAUAAAUUAAAGUCGAAUAAAGAAUUUCUGAAGUAAAUUAUAAAUAGUAAUUAGGGAUAACAAGAAAUAGACAGGCUAUCUUCAUUAUAUAACAUAAUUACAGCAAUAAUUGCAACUAAAGAAAUUGAAAAAUAUAGAAAAGCUAGAGUUAAUCAUUAUCAUAAAUUCUUGAGAACUAUCUAACAAUCAGAAACCAAAUUGUAUCAAAUUGAAAAUGAAUUUUUGGAAAAAGUCAUUCAAGAUUCUUAAAAUCAAUUGUCUUCAUCAAAAUAAGAUGAAAAAUAAUAAUAGCAGGUUUAAUAAGAACAAAGACUCCAAUAACAAGAAUAAUAAUAAUAGCAAUAAUAAUAAUAAUAAUAGCAAUAAUAAUAAUAACAAUAAUAACAACAAUAACAAUAAUAAUAACAACAAUAACAAUAACAAUAGCAAUAAUAAUAAUAAUAACAAUAAUAGUAAUAAGAAUUACCAGAUUAAGAAUUACCAGAUCAAGAAUAACCAAAAUGA